UUGAAAAAUUAAAAAAAAACUAAGAUAUUUUAUUCACAAAGCAACAGAUUCUUCCAAAAUAGAAAUUUUAGGCUUUUCUCAUUAAAAUUGCAAGGUUAAUUAAAAUUAUUACAUAUGUUAAACCAAAAAAAUUCCAAGAAAUUCUUUGAAAUUAGAUUUAUACACAACGUAGGAGGACUCCAUAUAUCAAGGAUAAUGUCAACAAAACAUUUUACCGCUGUGAAUGGCGAUUUAAAAUAUGCAAUUCUGUGUUAAAUAGGUGUUUUAUUUCCAUUACACCCAGUAAAGAAUAUUUAGAAAUAAUAAAAAAGAUCAUAGUUCUACUUUUUAAAAAUGGAAGAAAAUACUGCACUAGUAAAGUCGCCAAGGCUUUGUCGUUUAGAAAAAGGACCUAAUGGUUAUGGUUUUAAUUUGCAUGGAGAGAAAGGAGUUAUAGGUCAAUAUAUAAGUGCUGUGGAUGCAGGAAGUCCUGCUGAAAAAUCUGGCUUAAGUGUUGGUGAUCGAGUUGUUGAAGUAAAUGGGAAUAAUGUUGAGAAUUCUUCGCAUGCAGAUGUAGUUAAAGCAAUAAAGGAGUUCCCCAACACCACUUCACUUUUGGUUAUUGAUCGCAUAACAGAUAAUUACAUGAAAAUAAAAAAAAUUCCAGUUACUGCUGACCUUGCAAAGUAUUCAAGUGUUCUUGAUAUUCCAAGUUCUGAAAAUUCUACACCUAAUGAAGUUGUAGCAAGUGAUACUGAGGUUCAAGAAAAAAAAGAUACGGUUGUUGAAAAUGAAAAAGAAGAAAAACUUACAGAUACUGUUAAGGUUUCGCCAGACAUUGAAGGACUUUAUGAUAGUCCAAACAGUUUUAGUAAUGAAAAAAAAUCUGAGCCGGUUGAAAUUAAUGAAAAUCCCGCAUUGGAACCUCAGACUUUAUCAGUGCAGGGGGUUGAAGCUCAUGUUGCCUUGGUUCAAAAUUCUCAGGCAGAUGCGGUUGAAUGUGAUAAACAACUGGCUGACUCAAAACAAGAGCAUGAAUCUUGUGCUGACUUAUUGACACCAGUAAACCAGCAACAUGAUUCUGAAAAUCUGACUCAAGAACCUGACUGUGUGUCAGUUGUUAAUGAACCAAAAUCUAAACCAGAAAAUGAAGGAGAAAAAUCAGAUAUUCAUCUUGAAAACGACGAGAAAUUUGAGCACCCUCCAGAAAAUGCAAUUUCUAAUUUUGCCAACGCUUUAGAGACUGCUUCGCCGUCCCAAUCACACAAAAAUAACGAAUUAAAAAAGCCGCUUCUUUCAGUUAUUCCUCAACGUAAAAAAGUAAAAGAAACAAAAGACGAUUGGAAAGCCAAGCAGGAUUUAUUUAACAAACUAUAAAUUUUUUUUUCUUUCAUCUUUUUAUUUUUGAAAAUAAAAGUUAAUUUAAAUGUUUUUAGAAUAUCUUGUCAAAUUAUAUUUUUAAUUGUUUUUACAUUGUUUCAUUUAUUUUUAUGUAAUAUUGUGCAAUAGAGUUUAAAUAUGUCAAAUUUGUAGAGGUUUGUAGCAACAUUGGGUUGCUUUUUAUUUUAUUUUUUACACGGAUGGAGCUUGAAUGUUUUAAGUCAUAGAGAUUUUACAA